UUUUUUCCCCACUAUCACGUCACAUCACGAUGAAACGGAAUAUAUGGAACCAAUUUCAUGACAACACGUUGCGUCAUGAAGUGUACACGAUGUCUGCUGCGCCUGCUGGGUCAGUCCGCCCGCCCCACUUUGCCACGCAGUCCGCAGCACGUCGACGUCUUUGUACAGGCGGUGAGGCGUUUCCGCGGCAACAAAGGCGGUCCCGUCCCCGCGGAGUUUGUGGGCGAGGACCCCGGCAAGAGGUCCGUGGUCGCGGGCGACCCGUUCGCCACAGAGCACAAAAACAAGGCCUCGUUCGCGGAAGCGCUGGAAGUGUUCACCAAGGCUGACGUGAGGCGGCGGGGCCACGUGGAGUUCAUCUACGCCGCGCUCAAGAAGAUGCCCGAGUUCGGCGUGCAGCGGGACGUGGGGGUCUACAACCGGCUGCUGGACGUCUUUCCCAAGGAGGUGUUCGUGCCCAGGAACUUCAUUCAGCGCAUGUUCAACCACUAUCCCCGUCAGCAGGAGUGCGCGGUGCAGUUACUGGAACAGAUGGAGAACUACGGUGUCAUGCCCAACGUGGAAACCAAGGUCCUGCUGGUGCGGAUUUUCGGUGAGAAGGGCCACCCCGUCAGGAAGUAUCAGCGCAUCAUGUACUGGUUCCCGAAGUUCAAACACGCCAACCCCUUCCCCGUCCCGCAUCGGCUGCCCGAAGACCCCGUGGAACUGGCCCGCUUCAGCCUGAAGCGCAUCGCCAACGACCUGGACGCCAAAGUCACCGUUUAUCAGACGCCUCGCACAGACGUCACGGAGAGCGGAGACCAGAUCACGCUGCCCCACGUGGUCGGCAUCCAGAGCCCCGACCAGAUGCGGCUCCUCGGCAAGCACGACCCGAACAGGCCCGUGUUUGUGGAGGGCCCCUUUCCGCUGUGGCUGAGACGGACCUGCGUGCAUUACUACGUCCUCCGGGCCGAACCCGCGCCGCCCGGCGCCAAGGUGGAGGAGCCCUAUGAUCCAGCCGAGCGGUGUUUUCACUACCCUCUGCAACUAGAUCUAGACUUAGAUCGGGACUUUGGGGACAUGGAGACCUUCGAUGUUGAAGACUUGGAUGAAGGUCCAGUAUUUGGCAUGUGCAUGACCAGCCGCGGGGACCAGGUCACCCUCAACCGGUGGAUCUCGGGCCUGCAGGAGAGCAACCCCGUCCUGGGUCACGUCGCCACCGUGUUCCGCCUGCAAGCCGGCCCCAGCGAGCUCCAGGCGGAGACCCGGAGAGAUGAGUUGCCGCCCGAGGAACCCGAGGAAGAGGCGACGGAGGCCAGGAGGAGAAAGAACUGACUUGUGGCCGUAGAACUCUCCAAGCCGCCCAUUUUCAAUCACGCUUGACCCGAUCCCAGCUGACUCUUGGCCGGACCAUUUUAAGAGUUUUCUGCGAUCCUAACGUUGUAGACUUGGGAGCAGGAGAAAAUCCACACAAGGCGGCCAGAGCCGAGACUCAAACCCUGGACCUAGUUAUGCUUCAAAAGCUUUUCCUAUUGCGGCAAAAGAAGAACCAAAUGAGCCCAAAGGUAAACAAGAUUUAAUUGUGUGUGUAAGUGUGUGUGUGUGUGUGGGGGGGGGGGGGGCAUUUAAAAAUGUUCCUGUUUAAACCAGCAAACAAGCGACAAGUCCACUUUGAGAGGCUCGAACGUCUCGCUCCGUCUUCCGAGUGCGCUACAGUCGUCGACUGCGGAUGGCUCGUCGUCAUUACGGGAGAGGAAGUUCCGAUUUCAAACGCGUGCACAAGUUUGGUCUUCAGUUCCUACACGUUUCUGUGGAAACAAGCGCGGGGACUUUAUUGAUAUGGCUCUUGCGCAAUAGCACCAUGUACUGUAAACAUGAAACGGUUCAUGUAUCUAGCGAGUAUCAAGAGUGUAGAUUGAAAUGAACAAUAAAUUGUCCUCAGUGAAUCAAG